AUGGAAGCAAGGAAACAGAUUCUGUUGAUCCCCCUCAGCCACCUGUCAAAAAGCCUCGGGCCCUUCCACCUGUGGUCACCCGACGUGAGCAACUUGGGAUGCGAAGGAAAAAAAGGCAAGAACAAGAAAGGUGAUGACCAUGAUGAUGAAGGUGUAAAGGCAACCAGCAAACAAACAAACAAGGGUGAUGCCACAGCUGCCAGCAAGACAAAGAAGAAUGAGGAAGGCAUAAAAAAAAGACGGGGGAAGACAUGCAAAGCCAAGGGUCCAAAGGAUACUGAGGCUUCGGAAAGUUCCAAGGAAGAUGGUGGUUCCAAUUGCGUUCCAAAGAAAGCACAGCCAAAGGGCAAGGCAAAGGCAAAGGCGAAGGUGUCCCCUAAGAAAAAGGCGAAAGCUUCCCCAAAGGCAUCCCCAAAGGUAUCCCCAAAGAAGAGGGCUCGAUGUUCCAGGGGUGGCAAGUCAGCCGCCGCUCCCAGUCCUUCUGAGCAUGAGGGCCAUGAUGCUGCAGCUGAUGCUUCACCUGAGACGGUCAAGCCCGAGCCCAAACGUCGGGGACGGAAGGUAGCUACUCCCCAGGCUCGUGGCCCAAGUUCUGUUGGCUUGAGCCCUGAAGAUUUGAAAGGUGCCUUCAGGGGUGAAAUUUCGCAUCAUUGGAAGUCGGGGAAGUCCCGUUUGAAUGGUGAUGAUUUUCCACCGGCCUCAUUUGAAAAGACUACGCUCUCUUGCUACUACACCCGAUCAAGGCCUUCUGUUGGCUUGAGGGCUAAAAAGAAGGAUUACCCGAUGCGCACCAACUUGGAAUGCUACAAUUUCUCCUUCAAUCUCAAAGAUGUUUGCAACAUUGGUUUGGCCAUGAAGUGUGCACUUGCUGAAUGGAUCGAUGUGCAAGCUGCUGAGAAUGAGGGCUUUGACAUGUUCACGGACUCCGUCCGAAACCACAUGGAGAACAUCAAGGACAUUGCCAUGAAAGCCAUUGAAGCCUACAAAGCUGAGAAAGGUGCCGAUGCUGCUGAUGUCGAUUGA